ACCAAAUUAGUGGGGUUCACUAGUAUGAGGUUUCAUAGACAUGUUGCAAUACUCUCAGUGAUCUUAGUGCUUUUGGACUAUUCUACUUCAAAAUCUACGGACAGGAAAGUCAAGAACCAGGUAAGAGACGAUGAUGAAAACAUUAUAAAAAGCGAUGGAGGGAAUAAGUCUCUGGCUGGUAUGAAAAAUGAUGAACUUAACGAAGUAAGAGGAAAUGGAACACUAACAGAACCGAAGGUUUUACUAAAAAGGCCAAAGAAGACGCUGAAAGAUAGAUUUAAAAAUCCCAUCUUUGGUAUAAUUUUUUUCCAAUUAUAAAGUACAAACUAAAGAUAAAAAUUUCAUAAAUGCAACAAACUACUCAAUAAAGUUUGAUGAAAAGAAGAUGCCACAAUUAAAACCGAAUGAAACUACACAACUCUUAACCUCAGAUCCUGAGCUGAAGACUAGAAAGAAGUACGAAUUCAAGAAUACAUCCAGGUCAGCUAAAGUAGCUCAUCAAACUGUUCUAAGCACCAGGUUUGGUUCUUCAAAGAAUGGAAACUUUUCAAAAAAUGUCGAACCCACCAGUAAUGUAACUGCUCCUGCAACUAAGAAAAUUAUUCCAUCCUUAAAAAAUAUAACUCGAUUCUCAACUUUACGCAGUUCAAACUGUCUCUCUCACUACAUGCUUUGUAACCCUGGCUCGAAGGUUAGGAAUGGAGGUUGUUGCUACGGAAUGAUUUGUGUAAAGACAUCUUUUGCCAACAUAUGUCUCUAUUACGGAUGGGACUAUACCCGAGCUAGAAAAGAACAUUCAGAUGACAUACUUCACUAUGAAAGAGUGCAUAAGAAAACCAUGAAACCCCGGAAAAAAGCAAGGAAAACAAAAGUUAUGAAAGAGUAAAAGUAUUGAACUUCCACAAAAUAUGUACAUCUUCCAAAACCUUUGACAAUCGUUUUGAAAUAUAAUAUACAGGCUACA